AUGCCUUUUCUGCCAUGCUUGAAAAAAAAGAAGUCCCCUGUGCCUUUAGGUAGGAAUAUCUUUCAAAAACACACCCCGCCCAUCCAGCAGAACUACCAGGCCUUGCUGGAGACGUGCUUGAAGAAGAAAUGCCUGUUCACAGAUGACAACUUCCCUGCUCACAUCAGCUCUAUUGGAACAGGAGCACUGCUAAAGAAGCUACCCGGAAAUUUACAAUGGAAGAGGCCACACGCUUUGCACAGAAGUCCAGUAUUUUAUGCUGCAAACAGAAAGCAACUUGAUCUCUGCCAAGGAUUGGUGGAGAACUGCUGGUUCCUGGCGGCCCUGGAAGCCCUGACGUUCCACCAGGACAUCUUGGCUGCAGUUGUGCCACAAAACCAGAGCUUUGAGAGGAAAUAUGCUGGCAUUUUCCACUUCCGGUUCUGGCACUUCGGUGAAUGGGUUGACGUGGUGGUUGAUGAUCGCCUGCCGGUGAACGAGGUGGGGGAGCUGGUCUUUGUUUCCUCAGUCUAUAAGAACGUGUUCUGGGGAGCCCUUCUGGAGAAGGCAUAUGCUAAACUCUACGGCUCCUAUGAAGAUCUGCAGAUUGGGCAAGUUUCAGAAGCCUUGGUGGACUUUACAGGUGGUGUUAAUAUAAGGAUCAAGCUUGCAGCAGCUCCUCCUGAUCUGUGGGAUAUCCUGACAAGAGCGACCUACAGCAGAUCUCUUAUGGGCUGUCAGACACGUUUAGGGGCAACAAAGGUCCUGAAGAACGGGCUUGUUGCUGGCCAUGCCUACACGGUGACUGGUAUUAGAAAGGUGACCUGUCAAUAUGGGCCAGAAAACCUAGUGAGACUGAGAAAUCCAUGGGGGAAAAUUGAAUGGAAAGGAGACUGGAGUGACAGCUCUUACAAAUGGGAACUGCUGAGCCCGAAGGAGAAGAUUUUGCUGAGGAAAAAUAAGGAGGAUGGAGAAUUCUGGAUGUCUCUGCGAGAUUUUAAGAUUCAUUUUGUAGAUCUGAUGAUCUGUAAAUUAACUCCAGACCUGAUGAGCCAGGAAGAUGGGAAGAAGUGGAUGUACUCCCUGAAGAGUGGCAGAUGGGUUAAAGGAAGUACAGCGAGAGGAAGUCUGGGAUUCUGCAAUGACACCUUUUGGAUGAACCCGCAGUACUGGCUGAAGGUUUUACCAGUUGACGAAAGUAAGAAAAGCCUGGGUUCCUGCGAUGUGGUUAUAUCCCUGAUGCAGAAACACAGCAGCAAACACCGGAACCGAGCUCCUCACCUCUUCAUUGGAUUUUUACUCUACAAGUACCAGGAAAGCAACAGAAAGCUGCCUCCAGCUUUCUUUACCCGACAUCAGCCUGUGAACAAGCACCAGGUCUUCCUUGAUGAACGGGAAGUGACUCACAAUUUCCACCUGAAGCCUGGUGUCUAUGUGAUUUUGUUGCUGCACAGCUUGGCACAGGGGAAAUGUUUCUCCCCGCUGAGUGUUAUCAGAGUAUUUCUUUCCAAGAAAUAGCAUUUCUGUGAGGUGGGGAGCCAUCUUAGCAGUGGGCUGUGGGAUGAGGGUGCAGAAAUUGUUGAUAGAUAUGAAGGCAAGAUUUGGGAGGAUUUAUUCACAAAGCAUUUUGAACAGAAUCCUGAAAUAAAUGCUGUUCAGCUCCAGAGGAUCCUGAAUAAUAUAUCUUGGAGAAAUUUCCAGAAUUUUCGCCUGAGUUUCAGUCUGGAUGCCUGCCAGGGUAUCUUGGCACUCCUGGAUCUGAACGCCUCUGGCACAUUGAGUAUCCAGGAAUUCAGAGUCCUGUGGAAAAGGCUGCUUUUCUAUUUGGAAGUUUUCCAGAAAAAAGACACUAGCAGAUCAGGAAAACUUGACCUUGUGGAACUGCAUGCAGCUGUACAGGAGACAGGCAUUUCUCUCAGCAAUGAAGUCUGUAAUUUGAUGGCAAUCAGAUAUGGUGGCCCUGACUUGAAGAUCAGCUUUGAGAGCUUUGUGUGCUUCAUGCUUCGAGUGGAGAUCAUGGGAGAGGCCUUUCGCAACUUAACGCAAGAUGGCAAAGGGAUAUAUCUCCGGGAAUCUGAGGGUCCUGGAGGAGCUGCCACCAAGGUGCACCUGGGUGUUGUGCCCAGGUACCGGUGCAAGAGGAAGAGGAGCUUUGCAGCCCUCAACUGGAGGCUGGCCCUGGGGACCAGCGUGACCUGCCCGUCCCUGGCCACCACUGGCUCCUCUCGGGCCAGGCUUUUCACCCGAAAUGCCCUUUCCCCGCCAGGCCGCCUCUCGGUGACCAAGGAAUGUGUGGGACCCCUGCCCGGUGUCCAGCCUGCUCUGGCCUCCAGUGCCAGUGAGGGGUGCCGGGGGCUGCCUGUGGGGGACAGGCAGGAGGAGGCCGAGUAUCCUGUGGGGAUGCUGCGGGCCUGCAGCAGCCGCCGCUGGCUGGGUCGCUCGUUCCUCCUUCCCGCUCCAGCGAUCCCCGCUGUACUGUAA